CUGCAGUCGUCAGUAGAAAGGAAAAUGGCCGCUCUCGGACGCUUCACUCAGAUGUUGCUGAGGUCUCCUUUGACCCAGACCCGGCGUCAGCUCUCUGCUGCUGCUGCCGGCCACGGCGAACAAGCAGCCAGGACAUGGAAGAUUCUCACUUUUGUGGUCGCCUUUCCUGGUGUUGGUGUGUGCAUGUUGAACAUGUACCUGAAAGAGCAGCAGCAUAGCCACGAACAGCCAGAGUUCGUCCCUUACUCUCACCUCCGCAUCCGCAGCAAGCGUUUCCCUUGGGGAGAUGGCAACAAAAGCCUUUUCCACAACCCACAUUUGAAUGCCCUUCCUGAUGGCUAUGAGGGCCAUGACGAGUAAACCCUCCCUCCAGACCUCAUAACUGGAACAGGGACCAGUCCUCCAUCUGCAUUUCUUACUGGACCACACUCUCAUUCACAGUUUACCCUUUUCAUUUUUCCUUUACCUCUGUGCUCUCAUCAUUGAGCACCUGAACCAAUAGUUUCUUUGCUCUGGACCACUAAACAGAAUGUCCGCUUAAACUGAACUGUCAUAAAUAAAAUAACUAUUAUUAUUAUUA